CGCGCCUUUGGCAACCCGGACGUCGCCAAACUAAAAAUUUCCCCAUUAAUCGAAAUGAAAAAGGAAAUAACCAUUUAGAAGGUGGUUUUCAGCUGUCAGAAGUCACGCGUAAUAAAAUGGGGAAUUUUCGAUCGCAGCUAUUGUUUCACUAUAUUAAUUUCCUGAAAUCUUCAGAAAAGGGAUUUUGUUUUUAGUUCCGGUGCCAAGAUAUUGGUUUUCUUCUGUGUGUGUUGUGUGUAUUUCUUUUGUUUAAGAAUUUUUACGUUGCGACAACUCUUCCAGUCUAGAAGAAUGACUUCUUUGAUAAAGUUUGGAGUAUUUUUCGUCCUGUUGAUUACCGGAGCUCUUGGAAGAUUUCUUCCGGGGGAAAUAUUUCGGAAUACAUCGAAUAGAAUUAGUAAUGAAGCGAGUCAGGAGGACUGUAACUGUGAGUGGAGGUUCUAUCAACAUUAUGAAGCUAAGGGCUGUCAGAUCGUGCAGACAAACUCUUGUGGAUGUCCCACAAAUUAUUUAUGUUCCUCUGUGAAGCAACCAGCUUCACAGUCAAAAGUUUGCUUGUAUCAAAACGUGGAAUACAAAGUAGGAGAAAAGAUCAAACUUGCAGAUAAUUGUCAAGUGUGCAGAUGCGUGGACGGAAUAACACCCCAAGUCGUAUGCAGACAGAGAGAAUGCCCUCAGCUCGAUCUUGUUGAAGGAGAAAACUGUCAUUUGGUAUAUGAAGAAAAUAAAUGUUGCCCUUCAAGAUAUGAAUGCAUUGGUUAUGCGUCUGAUAAUACCGCUGAAACAUCAGGCAUUACCUGUGUGUACAAUAACAUUACAUAUCCUCUGGGUGCAAAGAUCUACUCAUCUGAUGACCCCUGUCUUGUCUGUGAAUGUAAGGAGGACUGGAAUGGAAUAGACAACUCGACUUGCUACCAGCAAGAAUGCGUGUUUGAAAGGAAGAAGCACCUGUUGGAUGCAGGUUGCAUCCCUAUAUAUCAUGAAAGGAAAUGUUGUCCGAUAGAAUAUUAUUGUCCUGAAGACCUUCAUUACAAUAACAUGGAACUUAGAGAGCUGGAAACGGAAAAUUCGACAGAAACUGAAGAAGGUAACAGUUGCAUUUUCGGUGGAAAUUCUUACGAAAUUGGAGCAGAGCUCUCGCUGAACAAGUCUUGCGUGAAAUGCAUUUGCCAAGUGCCACCCGAUUUCACUUGUGUGCACCAAUCGUGCUCUCUUCCACCAAGUGCUGAAAACUGCAUCGAAAUCCGUUCAGUUGAUCAGUGCUGUCCAACUUAUGAUUGUCUUUUGGGAGACAGCGCUGCAACUGAAACUUCUGAAACAGAGGAGAGUGACAACGAAAUUUCUACAACUGAAGAAGGUGUUUGCCCGACUCCUCUGUGCGCUGAUGACUCUUGUCGUAUUGAAGUUCCACCAGGACACGAAUGCCCGACCUGCGUGUGUGGAGAAUCUCGGGAGAAAAAUGAUUUUGAGCCCGUGGACUCUCCUUUGGAACAAUAUUACAUGGAAAAUAGCAGUGAAAAUGAGGGCGCGAACGAAGGGAACCAAACAUUUUCCUCAUUUGAUGAUAGUGACAACGAACUUUUAUCAAAGAUAUUUGUAGAAAAACUAUCUCAGCAGAGCGCUAACUUUCAGAAUUUAGAAGAAAUGGAGCCUCCGAUAGAGAAUUCUGAAGCAGGAUUGCAGAGCGAGGAUAGCACUUUACCCGAAACCGAAGAAUAUUUUAUACAGUUUCGAUCUCACGAUGUUGAAGAUGUUGAAAACCAUUUGGCUCCUAAAGAACUUCGUCAGAAACGAUCAGUAAAUACGCAGACAGAUGAAAUCCAAGAUCAGCAAUCUCAACAGCAAUGGAAUGUCUUGCAGCAAGAUGAGGAUGAGAUGGAAACAAGCGAAACUAUUGGAAGAGAGCGAGAAUUCUCAGACGAGAGCAACGAAGGUUUUGACGAAAUAAAAGCAUUUCGAUCCAAGGGAACCGGCGUACCACCUGCUGUGACAGUGGAGCUGGAAGACACAGAUUUAGAUAAAGUUAUAUGGGUAUCAAUUGUUCCAGGAUGUCCGACACCACUCUGUGCAGAUUCAUCAUGCAGAAUAGGAAUUCCUCAAGGGCACAAGUGCCCUACUUGCAUUUGUAAAAAAGCGAGGCAGCCGUGAGGUGAAAUGAUGCUCUGAUGUCCCACUUAAGUAUAUUUUGUAUAUGAAAAAUAAACUUAUUAAUGUAUAAUGUGUGUGUGGAAUAAAAGGAAAUGAAUUGGUA